CUUGAUGAUGGUAUAAAAUUCUAUGAGGCUAUAAACGGUGUCAUAUUAUCACCGGGAAAUGAUAACGGUUAUUUAGACAUAAAAUACUUUGAAAAAGUUAUCAAAGUCGAUACUGGUGAGCAAAUCUACCCAUGAGAGAUGGAAGCUUGUGGGGCCGCCCCCGCCUCCGCAGCCGCGCCGCCGGCCGCAAAGCCCGCGCCCCCCGAGCCGCGCGGGGCCCCCGCACCCCCCCACCUCGCUAGCCAGGCGGCACCCUUCACUCGCGCACUUGCAACCCCCCACCGCGGCCCCGGCCCCCCCGGUGCGGGCCCCCGUCACCCCGGCCCCACCGGUGCGGGCCCCCGUCCCCCCGGCCCCCCCGCUGCGAGCCCCCGUCGCCCGGGCCCCCCCGGUGCGAGUCCCCGGCCCGCCGGGGAAGGCUCGCCCGCCCGCCAGUCCCGGCGCCGGCCCAUCCGCAACCAAGAUGCUAACGAUGAUCCCGGCAGCUACGCAUGCAAAGCACAGGUUUCUGGGUUCCCGCCGUACACGCAGGUCAUCGACCUGAUCCGCCUGUUCUCCCGGUUUGGCACGGUGCGCGUGGACAAGCUCAACAACGGGGCUUCCUUCGCGCUCCUCACCUUCGCUAACGAACACGAGGCACGGGCCGCUAUACAGGCAAGCAAAAAAGUUAACAUAUAUGGGGAAUUUCUGCAUGUGAAACCAUUCAACUAUCACAUGGCAAACAGAUUGACUCCGAGGCCUCGAGACUUCACUAGGAGCAAACAGAAAGGUACUAUAGUGGAGCCGUCAGAGAUCGACCUGUCUGGGGACUUCCACAUGCAGCUGGAGCGUCUGUUGGCGGUCGUCAGGUUGACGCAGGACGAGGCCUCCUCGUUGGCGCAGCUCUACACGGACGUGGAGGACUGUCUGCGGGCGCAAUGGCCGGGUUGCACGGCGAUGCCGUUCGGGUCCAUCACGACGGGGCUGGGCAUCAAGUCGAGCGACGCGGACUGCUACGUGCACGUGGGCGCACGGGCCGGGCGCGGGCGCGCCGCGUCGCCGGGCGCGGGCCGCGUGCAGCUGGCGCGGCGCCUGCUGGCGGCGCGCCCGCACGUCUUCGCCGAGAUCCUGCCCAUCCCGCGCGCCAACACGCCCAUCGUCAAGUUCUUCCACCUGCCCACGCAGACCAACUGCGACCUCAGCUUCAAGACCCCGCUGGGCGCCCAGAACAGUAAGCUGAUAGCCUUCAUGCUGCACUCGGACCCCCGGCUGCUCCCGAUGGCGGUGACGAUAAAAUACUGGGCGAAGGUUCACGAUCUCUCGGGGACGGGGAAGCUCACCAACUACGCGCUGACCAUGAUGAUCAUCUUCUACCUGCAGCAGCCCCCGCUGGCGCUCCUGCCGGCGGUGUCUUGGCUGCAGCGCGAUCCCAACGACGCCAUAAUAGUGGACAACUGGAACACGGGCUUCAUGGACAACAGAGACCUCCUCCCGCCGACUCAGUGCUCCGCCACUUUACCUGAGCUCAUCGGAGGAUUCUUCGAGUUCUACUCCAUGUUUAACUUCGACGACAUGGUCGUCUGUCCGUUCAUCGGCACCCCCAUCAAGAAAGACCUCUUUAAAGACCUCCGCUUGUUACCGAAAGAGUUUGACAGAUAUAAAAAUAAUAUCAUAAAUAGUUACGUGUUGCCGAUGAGGUUCACGACUCCGAUCUGCGUGCAGGACCCCUUCGAGCAGAGCCACAACGUCGCGUCCGCCAUCACCUCCAGGCUCGCUGUGGAGAUCAAGACGUACUUCAAGUUCGCAGCGAACGCUUACGAGAAGGAGAAACCGAACGACUACAAGGACUUUCUGAAGACUAUCUUACUCCAGAAACCGAAAAUCGUGAGGUCGAAGGCUCACCCGGAGUACAGGAUCAACUUGUUCCCGAGGAUAAUCCUUAACAUCGCGACUCCAGACUGGAAGGCCGUCGUGAGAGACGUCGCCUUCGCUAUAUUCGAGACCAUGCUCAAGGUGAAGCUCGGAAAAGUCGAAGAGAAGGUCAACCCCGAUUCCAAGAAGGAGAAGGAGAAAUAUAUGGGAACGAUAACGAAGGCUAUUUGGAGGAGGAAACAGUUCUCGAGACUGUACGGAUUGAUGACCCUCGACUUCCAGGACAAGCAGACGAAAAUCACAGAGGAGAUCAUGAAUGUCGAUAAACAGAUGUUCAACCUGCAGUUCCAAGUAAUAGUGACGUACGCACACGACCCCAAGAGUGCCGUAGUAUCAGUCAAACUGACCAACGGCGAUACGGAAGCCUUUAAAGAGUUCGGUAAAUUCUUCAUCUCGGUGGUGCAGAAUUGGUUCAUGGUGAUGAUCAGGCCGUUCACUAGGCAGACGGGGCCGGACACGGCCGCUAAGAUAGCGGAGACUAUCAAGAUGCUCGACAGUAACUUGGAAAACAAUGAUUUGGAUAGUGACGAUGAUGAUGACGCCAACGAGAAUGUUAUAGAAAGUGCAGAUGGUCCUGACAGUGCGAGCGACGAGGGCGAGGCGAGCGCGGAGGCGGGGGCGGCCGGGGGGGCGGCGGGGGCUGCCGCCGCGGCCCUCGACGCUCAUUCACCUUAGACUUGCCUUGUUAAGACAGACGCUUUUACUACACAGUAUAAAGUUGUAUCAAUAGAAUUAGUCAAUACAAUCUAUUUUAUUAGUAAGUGAAGCAA